AUGGGGGAAACUGUCUUAUUAUGCGCAUCCGGCGAGAAGGAAGCCAGUGAGGGUAGGUCUGCGAGCAGGUGGGCGGAGGCCUUGCAGAGACUAAGUAAAGAGGAUCAAACACAAUUUGAGCUUGCACAAAACGGCAUAGACGACCCGAAAUCCGUCCUCUCUAAUGUACUCACCGCUACUAACAAGCGAAAGGAAGACUGCAUGAAGAAGAGAUGGAAACUGGUAAUUAAAAGGCAAACAAUCAUUAUAAGAGACAUUCUUGAAAAGCUCAGUAAUUGGGUUCAAAAAUUAUUAGCUGUUGGCGACGUUAUCAUUCAAUAUGACCCUAUACAUGCAGCACUACCCUGGGCAGCUAUAAAACUCAUAAUGCAAGCCACCAUAAACGACAUCGAGAUCUUUGGCCAUGUCCUCAGUUCGCUAGAAAACAUCAGCAAUCUUAUUGCUCAGUGUCAACUCAUUGAGGUAAUAUACUUUACAGAAAGGAGAAAGCAAAGUGGCGAACUGUUUGAUCAGCUUUCGGAAUGCAUAACGUGCCUCUACGCCGCCAUCUUGGGAUACUUAGCAAGCAUUAUGCAUUACUAUGGCCUGACUACGGCAGCCAAGUUUAGGCGCCUUGCCGAGAUUUCAGGAGCUCAAGAGUUGGGGAGCGCUGUUGAUGGCAUCCAAGGAAUUGAACAGCACCUUAAAGAUAAGGAUGAACGAGAUCAGAUUCAAGAUGGUAUUGAGCAGCAGAUGCGGACGCAAAUCCUCAAGGCCAUUUCCACCAUACCAUACGGCGUUCACCACAAAACUGCCAGCAAAGGUCGCUUGGAGGGUUCUGGCAGAUGGCUUUUAAAUAAAUUAGCUUUCAUUGACUGGAGAAAGAGAAGUAAUUCAUCUGUGCUAUGGCUUCACGGCAUUCCCGGCUCAGGAAAGACCAAACUAGCGUCUCUAGUUGUGGACGAGGUUAAAGGAAAAGAACACAUGGCCUAUUUCUACUGCCUAAGAAAUCCGGCCGAGCCACACCGAGCACAAUGCGACAAGAUUCUUGCGAGUUUUGUUCGCCAAUUGGCAAGCCUCACGCCGAGCGAUCCGAUAUUGCCGCCUGUGAAAGAACAUUACGAAGAUGCUAUUGAAGGGUUUGUGGGAUUCGAGGACCAGGUUUGGACAUCAGACGAGUGUGUCGAAGUUUUGAUCCAGCUUGUCGACGAGUAUCCUGCUGUGACAUUUGUUCUAGAUGCCCUAGACGAAGUGGAUCAAGAGGAUAGACAGGAACUCUUAGAUGCGCUCAAUCGUAUUCUACAAGAGUCGAACUCUCUUGUCAGAGUGUUCAUCUCAAGCAGAAGCAAUUACGAUAUUGCUUUCUAUCUAAACGGGACGCCAAAUAUUUAUAUUGAAGCCGAUGACAAUGCUGAGGAUAUUUCAACAUUCAUUGACACACAACUUACUUCUGCAAGACUGCUGCAUGGGAAACUCACGCCAAGUCUACGAGAGGAAAUUACUGAUACACUUCAGGAGGGAGCCAAGGGAAUGUUUCGAUGGGUGGACCUUCAAAUCCAGUCGCUCAAAAGGGUCAAGGUAGCUGCUGAUCUGAAGGCGCGUCUCGGUGCUUUACCAGAUACACUCGAGGGCUCGUACUGGGAAAUCUAUCAAGAAAUCCAAGAGUCUGGAGAGCAUGCUUUUGAACUGGCCAACUUCACCUUCCAAUGGCUACUGUAUGCGCAGGAAUCCAUCUCCCUUGAAGCGCUCGCUGUGCUCGCGUGCACAAAGUCGAAAUCCGAAUCCGGAACUGCCUUUUCCAGCGAUGAGGUCCUGGACGUCUGCUCGAAUCUGAUUGUCACUCGCCAGAACUCGUUUGACUUCGCUCACUUGUCUGUUCGAGAGUUCUUUGAGCGACUACACAACCGAGACAUACAUAGUUAUCAGUCUGAGAUAAGCCACGCCGCUAUUGCAGCCGCUUGCUUGCGAUAUCUUAACUUGGCUCAAGUUGAAAACAGAGGGAAAGCGUUACGAGAGAAAGUUAUGAAUAGCAUCAAAGAGGAAUGUCGGGUAGAUGGUGAUCUCAAUGAGCAGAAGAAGGAGACAGGCGAGAAUACGGCAGAAAAGGACGACGAACCCCUCCAGGAUGAAGUGGGUGACAACGCAAAAGAAACUAGUCAAAUCAGUGACGGAGAGGCGUCCGCGGGCCAAGACGACGAAGAAGAUCCAGAAAGGACAGCUAAGAAGGUUGCUAGGUGGAUCGAGAAAAUGAAGGACGACCAACUAAAAUGUAUAAGUUUCGAGAUCUUUGCAGUGGUAUCAUCUGAUGAUGUUUACGGCCAGCCAAGCACAUAUGCUGUAACUUGGGUGAUUGAUCACAUUGAUAAAAGCGAUAAGUACCGGUUGGAAAGCCCUCUAGCUGACUUGAUAAAGGCUUUCAUGCUGGAGAAGAGCAGCGAAAUAGGAGACUCAGCCCACAAAGUUUCCAGAUCCUUUCACGUGUGGAGCGCUCUAAUGAGCAAAGUUAUCAAAAACUCGAACAACCAAAAGGAGCUUCUUGGGUCGGCAGCUCAAUUACCGUCAAGUCCGAUAUGGGUGACCUGUCAAAUGGAUUGGCUCGAAGUUGCCGAGUAUCUCUACGAAUACUCGUAUCCAGGUAUUAACGACGGCCGGAGCAUGGCUUCUCUAAAAAGUUCGUUUGAAGUUAAUCCCAUGUGGUACGCGAUACUUUCCAAAAAGCUCAACCUCAUCGACUAUUUGACCAAGUGCAAUGCGGACGCGAAUCGAAUCUUUGCUGUCGGUACAUACAGCGAGCCGAUCGUGACGGCGGCAAGGCGUAAUGAUACCGAAUUGAUCACCAUUUUAUCAAAACAGAAUUACGGAGGUCAAGAAGCUGCGACGGAGGCCUUUAUAAGCGCAGCUGGUGAGGGACAUUGCGAAUCCAUGAGUCUCCUUCUAGACCUUUCCCUAGUGACAAUAGAUAAAGUGGGACACAAUGCUCUAUGCUCUGCCUGCGCCGGUGGGCAUCUCGAUGCGAUUAGUCUCUUGCUUGACAAGGGUGCUCCCACCGGAAGAGGCGCUUUUAUGCUCUACAGAGCGGUUUUGCACCAGCAUAUAGAAGUAUCAAGGUUCCUGAUAAGUAAAAACAUUGGCCUUGAUGGUCUCUCUGCCGCACUCGUCACUGCCGUAUCUAACUCCGAUAAGGAGUGUGUGGAUUUCUUGUUGCAGAAAGGAGCACAAAAGGAGGGAGUGGCACUUGUGCGAGCGAUUCGAGACAAGACGUCCAUGACUGCGCUAGGGUUGAUCAAAGCUGGCUAUAAUGUACAUGGAAAAUAUCUACAGAAGAGACGGAGUGCUCUGCAUUACGCGGCCUUGUUGGGGCAACCCAAGAUUGUCGAGGCCCUGCUUGAAGCCUCUGCGGACGCGAAUUGUAGGGAUGCCGAUGGAAGGACGCCUCUGCAUCUGGCGGCUUUGAAAGGGCACGAUGACUGUGUUCGAUUGUUGAUGAAGCAUGGGUCAGAUGUGUUGUGCGAAGAUUCUCAGGGAAGAAUACCCUUGGAUUUGGCGGAGGAGAGGGAUUGUAUUGGUGCGGAAGAGAUUAUUAGGGAAGAAAUGGAGAGGUUGUUACAGAGACUGACGGCGAAAAGAGAUACGACUUAG